AUGGUUGAAAACGAGAGUUUGCAACAACAUCAGGAGGUCCAGUUACAAAACAUUCGAGAAGAGAAUGGUAAAGAACAAUUACAAGAUCAACAAGAAGGGUAUAAGCCACCAUUUAAAUUGCAUAAAUUCAGUUAUGAUUGGCGUCGUUCAAAUACUUCCACUACUAAUAAAUUUCUCGAGUUUCUUCGAGACAUUUACUCGAACAACGGUCAAAAGCCAAUCUAUGUGAUUGCUCAUUCUAACGGUGGUCUGAUAACCUUGUCUGCUCUUCACCAGCAACCAGAACUAUUUGCCGGUUGUAUAUUUGCCGGUUCAUUAUUUCACGGAGCACCUGGGAUUCUUCAUACCUUCAAAUACGGUGACAAUAUAUUGUUCAACAAGCGAAUUCACGAUGAAGCCGCCCAUUUCACAUUGCGAUCCGCUUAUCAUUUUUUGCCAGCGCAAUACGACAAAGUUUUUAAGGAUAGUGUCAGUGGAGAGUAUUUAAGCGAAUAUUCGGAAUUGGGUAGUAAAAAGGAAAGAGCCGAUUAUUUGAAAAUGGUUUUGGAUGAUACCAAAGCAUUUCAUGAGACAUUGAAGUCGCCUAAAGAUAAAUCGAUCAAUUAUCCACCUUUGGCAACUAUAGUGUCGGACAGUCAUUCUGCGACUAGUGGCUUUCAUGUUAAACUUGAUGAUGACGGUAAUAAAUUCACAAUUCUGUAUGAUCAACCAAUUCGGGUAAAAGGUGAUGGCGCAGUUCCAUUUACAAGUACUAGAUUGCCUGAUGGUAUACCAUAUGAUGUGUUUCACACCACUCGUGUCCAUAGUGAAUUAUUACAAGAUUUAGUUACUGUUGGUAAAGCAAUUGAAAAGGUUUUUGGUAAAAAAGAAGUAGUAGAAGAAAAGAUUUUAUAA